AUGGCCGAUUGUGAAAUAUUGCUUAUGGGAUGGAACAGCAAGAAGCUGGAAAGCUUGCGAAAACGUUGGGAAGCGAAGCGAGUGGAACUGGAGUUCUGGCAGACGCAGGUGGAACGUGUUAGGCAGAUCAGGGCAAACCUGGAUCAUACAAUGGACGAGAUUCAACUCAUCGAACGAACAUGCGCGCGACUAUCCAUUGAUGAUUUGAAACAUUCGCUUCUAUUAGCUACCAAUCAACUGCGUGUGUUAGCUGAAACCGUUCUUCAGGAACGACUGCACAGUUUAAAGAUGUCCUGUGAGGAAGACUGCGCCAUUGCCGAGGAGUUGGUGGCAUUUUGUCCGCAGUUGAACGAGCGAAACAUUGAGGCACAGCAAGUCCUCACCGAAAAAAUGGAGUUAUUUCGACGUCUUCAAGAUUACUACGACGCUGUCAGACAUAUGAGAAAUCAGAAUAAUGCUUGGAAUACCAUAACGCUAAGCGAGGUGCCAACGAUUUCAUCAGAAAUGAAUAGGUUGCUUGAGCGAUGUCAUACCGAGUGGGUUAAAGAUUCGUUGCAACUCAGGAAGGAACUUGUCGCUAUCAGUGGCAGCUUUUUCCAGCUUGAGUUUGACCGCGUCAACGAAAAGUUUGUUUUUAUACAUGGUUUUGAUUUACCAAAAUAUGUGGAGGAAAUGUGUAAUAAACUGGAGGAAAAGGCAGAACGUGUUAGACAGCUUCAAGGUCGUGCUGAAAUGGUCAUUUCUGACCUAUCGUUAUCGCUAUUAAUUAGGAGAUAUAGAAGGCGAUUGUUGGGUCCUGACCUCUUAACAACAGAGGAUCCACACAAGUUGCUUUCUACGAUUAUGGAGCUUAAACGUGAAGAGGAACUCGAGAACAAGGCAUUUGACGAUAUGAACGAAGUUGCCAUUUCGGAUUUGCAAACAUUAGAGCUAGACCGAAUCUCAGCACUUUACUUCAAUCGACGGGAGCAACGCGAGCGACUGAUUCUUACCUAUACAUACACCUACCAUGACUAUUUGAAUUCCCUGUUUUGUGUGUAUGAAGAUGAAGUUGUCCAGUUCAUUAACAACAGAGCACAAGCAGAAUUGCUUAAAUUUAAUGAAAAUGAAUGGCAACAAUGGAAGGAGAAUGUGGGGGCACUCGAAAGCAUACUUGAUGCCUCAAUGAGGGUGCGAUUUCGACCUGAGUUCGCUGAUCUGCAGCGAAAGGCAUUUUCACUGGACAACAAAAUCUCGAACACUAAAUUGGAGCAGUUCGAAUGUUGGCUUAAUACUGUAGAAGACGACUUAGCUGCAGUAGAACUUAUGCCAGCAGGUAGUUUGCAGACGAAACGACUUUCGCAGUUGUUGUCCAACUGCUUAAGUUACCAAAGACUUGUCGGAAAACUGGAGAGGUUGAACGUUCACGAUCGUGAUCAAGUGUUGCAACUGUGUCGCAGGUACUAUGUAUUACUCAGUAAACUAAGGCGUCACAGUGUCGAUGAGGCAUCACUUCCAAUACAUGUGGAUACCUUAGUUCAGGGCGUAUCGACUCCAUCUCAGCUAUCUGUUAGUUCUUUGGCGUCGUCAGAUUUGGUAGACCGACCUGGGUCUGUGCAGUCGGUUUGUUCGAGCGUGGAUGUAGCUAGGGCAAGUGUUAGUAGUGAAACGUAUCUGGAAAGAGCAGUAAGUGAUCUUCGAGGACGACUUCAUUGUAUUAUUCAGUCGUACAAUGAAGGCCCAAAAUCCAUACGUAAUGCUAAGGAGGAUUAUAACGUAAUCCUGGUUAGUUGUCCUUACGUCUUUGAUUGUUUAGUGCGCUUCUACUGUUUGUCUAUUAAUUUUGACUAUUUAAUGGAGGAAGAGAAAUCGUUAUUUGAAAAAGAGCAAGAAAUCAUCGUCGAGUUAACGCGGCUAGAACAGCGCGUGAAGAACCGUGAUGUCGAUGACUUGAAUCUCAUUGAGGAGCUCGAUCAACUUCAAACACAAAUGGAUCUCUUGCAUAUGAUCAGCAGUAAACCGCGUCAUUUUGUUGGAAGUGAUCUCAUGGAGCGAGAACUGUCACCUUCUGGCAGAUCUAGGCAGAAGCGUAGGGUGCUAAUGAUGGUCACCAAUACCGUCACUACUAUUAUACAAGUAGUAGAAAAGCACAUACUUUUGAUUGAAGCUCAUUCACAGGAUCCUGUCGUGCAUCAGAAACUUGCGCUUGUGAAGGUUAGUUAG